AAAAUGGUUAACAACAAACAAUUUUAUAAAUUAACCAUGGUAACCAUACAUCAACCUCAUGAAAUUAUAAAUGUUAUAAAGUACUAUUAGCAUAAAAUUCAAAGUUUACAACGGUGUUAUUUACACGAGAAGAUUCAGGGAUUGAGGGAGGUAUUGAUGAGGAUAUGAGAGCAGUGAGGAGCCCGCUUAAGCGGGAGUCAGGUGUUGAGAGGCUGCUUCAGGCUGGUUCGACUGGACAUUGCUCUGUCGUAAAGAUUCCAGGCGCCUUCGGAGAGUCGAUCAACGCAAUACUAAACAAAAGAGGCUUUAAACUCGGAAAGACAAUUGGUGAAGGCUCUUACUGUAAGGUGCGAGUUGCAUUCAGAGCAACAGAGCUCGGCUACACGCAGCGUCUCGCUUGCAAAGUCAUCAAUAAGAAGCGGGCUUCGAGGGACUUCGUCACGAAAUUCCUCCCGAGGGAGGUAAGCAUAGUCAAGACGAUAAGGCACCCGAACAUAGUCACCGUCUACAAUGUGUUCGAGCUCGAGGACCAGGUCUACAUGUUCAUGGAUUUCUGCGAAAGGGGCGAUCUCCUCGAUCACAUACGGAACAAGGGCUCUUUCACGGAAACGAGAGCCAAACACUUCUUCAGACAGAUUGUGAACGCCGUCGAGUACCUUCACGCGAGGGACAUCGCCCACAGGGAUCUAAAGUGCGAGAACGUCCUCCUUUCCAGUCGAGACCAGGUGAAAAUCGCCGAUUUCGGCUUCUCAAGAUGGUGUCGUGACCUGACGACGAACAAAAGGAUCCUCAGCGACACGUUUUGCGGCAGUGCCGCCUACGCGGCUCCGGAGAUUCUCCAGGGUAUUAAGUACAAUCCGAAAAUGUACGACGUCUGGUCAAUGGGUUGCAUACUUUACAUCAUGCUGUGCGCUACGAUGCCGUUCGACGACACAAACGUCAAACAAAUGCUCAAAAUACAGACAAUGAGGAAGCUGACCUUUCCGACUAAGUGUAUACUGAGCGGUAGAGCGAGGCGACUCAUACUGCACAUACUCGAACCGGAUGUGACGAGAAGGGCGACCAUCAAUCAGAUCGCGGGUUCGCAAUGGCUAUCCGCCGCCUGCACGCCCAACUGACCGAAGCUCCUCACAGCCUCGGAUUAAAUGAGAAGAAAACAAAUAAAAAAAGAACUGUUAUCAAGUUGUUAACAACAACGCCUCCCGGAAACAAUCCCGCACAUUUUUAGUGUUGUGUUAUUGUAUCGAUGUUGUUUGUGUGUAUUUGAUGUUCGAAAAACAAUAAAAUCGUAGCCAUUGAAA